AUGCAAGGGAUCUGGCGAGGUCAACAAGACUCGGAGGUGGAGUCUCCGAUCUUCACUGCCGUGAGGAAAGGGCAGGCAGACAUGAUCCCGAUGAUCUGCCGGGCAGGAGGGAAAGUGACGGAGACCUUGAGCAACGGAGACACGCCAUUACACGUGGCAGCUCGACAAGGAUACAUACAUUGCAUGGAAGUUCUGAUCAGACUUGACGCCAAUUUGUCGGCCGGAAACUGUAAUGGAAACACAAGCGCGCAUGCGGCGAGUAGAGGAGGGCAUGUCGCGGCGCUACGGUAUCUGGGAGAGGUAGGCGGGAGGGAGCUGCUUGCACAACCAGACAACAACGGGAGGACAUGCGCGCACUCGGCGAGUGGAGGAGGGCAUGUAGAGGCGCUGAGGUAUCUGAAGGAGGUAGGGGGCCCGGAGCUACUCGCUCAGCCUGACAACAACGGGACGACAUGCGCGCACUCGGCGAGCCAAGGGGGCCAUGUAGAGGCUCUACGGUACUUGGGGGAGGUAGGGGGCUCAGAGCUAUUGGCGCAGCCUGACAACGAGGGCAUAACAUGUGCACACGAGGCAAGCCAAGGGGGGCAUGUAGAGGCGCUGAGGUACUUGGGGGAGGUAGGGGGCCCGGAGCUGCUUGCACAGACAGACAACGACGGGAGGACCUGCGCGCAUGCGGCGGGCGAGGGAGGGCAUGUAGAGGCUCUACGGUAUCUAGGGGAGGCAGGGGGCAGGGAGCUGCUGGCGCAGCCCGACAACGAGGGGAGAACAUGCGCACAUGAGGCGAGCCAAGGAGGGCAUGUAGAAGCGCUGAGGUACUUGGGGGAGGUAGGGGGCCGGGAGCUGCUGGCGCAGACAGACAACGACGGGAGGACCUGCGCGCAUGCGGCAAGCGCAGCAGGAGAUGUAGAGGCGCUGAGGUACUUGGAAGAGGUAGGGGGGCCGGAGCUGCUGGCUCAGCCCGACAGCAACGGGACGACAUGCGCGCAUGCGGCAAGCCAAGGGGGGCAUGUAGAAGCGCUGAGGUACUUGGGGGAAGUAGGGGGCCGGGAGCUACUGUCGCAAACAGACAACGACAGCUGGACAUGCUCGCUCUUGGCGAGCCAAGGGGGCCAUGUCGAGGCGCUGAGGUACUUGGGGGAGGUAGGGGGCCCGGAGCUGCUUGCGCAAACGGACAACAACGGCAUGACAUGCGCGCACAUGGCAAGUGGAGGAGGGCAUGUAGAGGCUCUACGGUAUCUGAAGGAGGCAGGGGGCCGGGAGCUUCUGAUACAGACAGAUAACAACGGGACGACAUGCGCGCACUGGGCGAGCGUGGGAGGGCAUGUAGAGGCUCUACGGUACUUGGGGGAGGUAGGGGGCCGGGAGCUGCUGGCGCAGACAGACAAGGACGGGACGACAUGCGCGCACAUGGCGAGCGUGGGAGGGCAUGUAGCGGCUCUACGGUACUUGGGGGAGGCAGGGGGCAGGGAGCUGCUGGCGCAGACGGACAAGGACGGGACGACAUGCGCGCACAUGGCGAGCGGAGUGUGGGAUGUAGCGGCUCUACGUUACUUGGGGGAGGUAGGGGGCCGGGAGCUGCUGGCGCAGACGGACAAGGACGGGAGGACAUGCGCGCACUUUAUCACCAUGGCAGGGCAUGUAGAGGCUCUACGGUACUUGGGAGAGGUAGGGGGCCCGGAGCUGCUUGCUCAAACGGAUAACGAGGGUAGAACAUGCGCGCACUGGGCGAGUGCGGGAGGGCAUGUAGAGGUGCUGAGGUACUUGAAGGAGGUAGGGGGCCGGGAGCUGCUGACGAAGUCGGACAACAACGGGACGACAUGCGCACAUGAGGCGAGCCAAGGAGGGCAUGUCGAGGCUCUUCGAUAUCUGAGGGAGGUAGGGGGCUCGGAGCUAUUUGCUCGGACGGACAAGGACGGGAGGACAUGCGCGCUCUUGGCGAGCCAAGGGGAGCAUGUAGAGGCGCUGAAGUACUUGGGAGAGAUAGGGGGUCCCAUGUCAGAAAGUACAUCGCUGAUCUAA